UCACCACAGCAAAUUUCUGUUAGGCAAAGAAAGUUUCUCCUCUAUCAAAACUCAUGACUAAAAUGAUGAGUUGCUCAUUCUCUUCUUUUUCAUUUGCUAUAAUUUUAAUGCUUUCACUUUUUUCUUUUUCACUUCAUAAAGUUGAAGCUCGAGCUUUCUUUGUGUUUGGUGAUUCACUAGUCGAUAAUGGUAACAACAACUACCUAAUCACUAGUGCAAGGGCUGAUUCUCCCCCUUAUGGCAUUGAUUACCCUUCUCAUCGCCCCACUGGUCGUUUCUCUAAUGGCCUCAAUAUUCCUGAUAUCAUAAGUGAGCAAUUGGGUAUGGAGCCAACAUUGCCAUAUUUGUCUCCAGAGCUCACAGGAGAUAAGCUUCUUGUUGGGGCAAAUUUUGCUUCUGCUGGAGUUGGAAUCCUCAAUGACACUGGCAUCCAGUUUUUGAAUAUAAUCCGAAUUGGGAAACAAUUGGAGUACUUUGAACAAUAUCAAAGAAGGGUAAGUGGUUUAAUUGGAGCAGAACAAACUCAGCAGCUAGUGAAUAGUGCUCUUGUCCUCAUAACUCUUGGGGGUAAUGACUUUGUUAAUAACUAUUAUUUGGUCCCUUUCUCUGCAAGAUCUCGCCAAUUUGCCCUCCCAGAUUAUGUUCGUUAUCUCAUCUAUGAGUACAGAAAAAUAUUACAGAAGCUGUAUGAGUUGGGAGCAAGAAGAGUGUUAGUGACGGGAACAGGACCAAUGGGGUGUGUGCCUGCAGAAUUAGCACAGAGGAGCCGAACUGGCGAAUGUGCAGUGGAAUUGCAGCGUGCAGCCUCUUUGUUCAACCCUCAAUUGACUCAAUUGUUGAGUGAUCUCAAUGCUCAACUUGCUGCUGAUGUCUUUGUUGCUGCUAACACCUAUACUAUGCACAUGGAUUUUGUCUCUAAUCCUCAGGCUUAUGGGUUUGUGACAUCAAAGAUAGCAUGUUGUGGACAAGGACCAUACAAUGGGAUAGGACUAUGCACACCAUUAUCAAAUCUGUGUCCAAAUAGGGACUUAUAUGCAUUUUGGGAUCCAUUCCAUCCCUCUGAAAAGGCCAACAGGAUCAUUGUGCAGCAGAUUUUGACUGGUUCUUCUGAAUACAUGAACCCCAUGAACCUCAGCAGUAUUAUGGCUUUGGACUCCAGGACCUAAUUAUCCUCUAUAUUAUUUCUCCCUUUUAUCAUUAUUUAUGUCUUGCUUCAUGUUGAGUCUUGUGCCAUAAACUAUUAUUGGAUCGUUACUUUUUUGUUAUAUUCAUAAGUAUCAUAAAACUAGAGGAUUAAUGUUGCUUUGAUAUAUGCAAGUGCGGAUUGGUUCUUGAUUUAGCUUCAUAAAGUCUUAAAUGUUAAUGGAAUUUCAGUUCCCGUC